ACUUCUGUGUAUCUGAGGUUGUACCAUAAAGGACAAAUACAAAUGACAAAUAACAUUAGAGAUCCCGGUAGCGAUUCUGGCGAAUCAAUCAAGAGGACCAAACAAGGUCGUUUUUCGUGGGUUAAGAGGUUUAUACAAUCAAAGAGCAUGCCACCACAAAAGGAACAUUUUAAAAGAGACCACAUAGCGUUGAAUCAUCGUUCUUCAAAGAGCGAGGAUAAUGGUGCUGGAAACUCAAGGAAAACUGCUCGGUUCCAAGGUAAACAGGAGGAUGAUGAUUCGUCUACAAAUGCGGGGGCACAGAGUGUAAAUUUUGAGAAUGAUUCACGUAAGGCUUAUUCCAAGUCUCCAUCAAUCGCUGAUACAAGUGUCACUACACGUUUUGACAACGCCAGCACACGCCCUAUGAUAUCAAUAUCCACCAUAUCUGCAAGGUCAUCUACGUUUUCAGAUCAUUCCCACCAGACUUCAAACACAGUGCAGUCUGAUCACCCAACGCUUUUCACAAACGCCAGUACUACGGGCAUUCCGCCUGCUAGUAUCAUGGAUAGAAGAGACCAUGUGAACAGACAGCUGAGUAUGAGCAGCCAUCUCUACACUACGAACAAUUCGAGUAAUCACACUUUCAACACAGUCAUGUCACCAGUAUCUGUACCCAACAUGACCCAGCACAACGAUGAAUCCUCUGAAGUAUCCAAGUAGGAAAACAUGGCUUUCUCGUUUGGUUUGUGUGAACACCCUGUUUUGAACUGUGAAAAAUUGUUUGGGUGCCAAAUUAUCGAUGUAUUUAUAGCCGCUGACGUGAGCCUUACUCUUUCUCCUUUUCGGUUUUGUGUCAUCUUGUUUUAUAAGUUCGUUAUCAGCAGCUCAAAUUUGUUGAUGUUCCUUACUCAUAUACACCUUUUCGACUCAACCAGACAGCCAACACUUGAAGAUGAAAUCUAAACUCGUGAAGAUAGGCACUUUCAUGAUGCUUGUGCUUUAUUCUGCUCAGUAUGUGCAGUCUUUGGAAACAAGGGAGUUUGAAAAGAAGCCCUUAUACGUGAACCCAGAUCCUAUAGACGAUGACACAAACACCGACCGAGAUGUUGAUGAUAUUGAUUUCUACAGUCUACGGUACUACCCUUCUCGUUUGUUUAUACCAAGCACUUUGACUGAUUAUAUCUUGUUAACCCUCACAG